AUGUUCUCCCGACUUUCAGCCUACGCGAGCAAGAUGUGGAACUCCAUCGCGAGCACACAGGACGACGGCGACUACAACAGCAUCGCCACUCCUAACGGCCAGAGCGCGCCCACGCAGCAGGAGAAGGGCUUCGCCAUGUCGCUCGUGCUCUUCGAGGCCGUGUGCCUCAUCUUCUUCGCCCUCAAGUUCGAGAUGCCCAGCCCCGACAACAGCGACGCCGAGUCCGCGAGCACGCUGAGCUACUACCCGUUCUACAUGGACGUCCACGUCAUGAUCUACAUCGGUUUCGGCUUCUUGAUGACGUUCCUGCGCAAGUACAGCAUGAGCGCGGUGGGGCUCAACUUCCUCAUCGGCGUGCUGUCGCUGCAGUGGGGUGUCAUCAUGGUCACCAUGGCCCACCAGAUCAUCGGAGACGACUACCACACCAAGAUCCUGGACAUCCCCACGAUGAUCAAUGGCGACUUUGCCGCCGGUGCCGUGCUCAUCAGUUUCGGCGCCGUUCUGGGCAAGACGACCCCCACUCAGCUCGUGUGGAUGACGUUCCUCGAGAUCAUCUUCUACGCCAUUAACGAGUACCUCGUGUACGAGCAGUUCCUCGCCACGGACGCCGGCGGCUCGAUGGUGAUCCACACGUUCGGCGCCUUCUUCGGCCUCGCGGUGACGAUCCAGUUGGGCGUCCCGACCGAUGACCAGCAGGUGCACAACACGUCGCGCUACCACUCGGACGUGUUCGCCAUGAUCGGAACACUCUUCCUCUGGAUGUACUGGCCGUCCUUCAACGCCGCGCUCGUGAGCACCGACGGCUUCCAGCAGGAGCGCGCCAUCAUGACCACGGUGCUGAGUAUCGCUGCGUCCUGCGCGGCGACAUUCGCGGUCACCAAGCUCUUCAGCCACACCAAGAAGCUCGACAUGGUCCACAUCCAGAACGCCACGCUCGCGGGCGGCGUCGCCAUGGGCACGAGCUGCAACCUCGCCAUCAGCCCCGCCGCGGCGAUCACUGUGGGUCUGGUCGUUGGUCUCGCGUCCACGCUUGGCUUCAGCUACGUGACCCCGCGUCUGGAGCGCGUUAUCCGCAUGUCCGACACUUGCGGCAUUCUCAACUUGCACGGAAUGCCCGGUGUGGUCGGCGGACUGGCGGGUGCCAUCAUCACAUUCACGGCGUCCGACUCCAACUACGGCGACAGCCUGACGAGCGUCUACUCUGCGCGCGCCUACCGCUCGGCCAACGAGCAGGGCGGCUACCAGCUCCUCGCCAUCGCCACGUCCAUCGGCAUCGGCGCGGUCUCGGGCUUCUUCGUCGGCGCCUUCCUCAAGUCCUCGCGGUUCCGCCAGCAGAAGUUCAAAUACGAGGACGAGGAGUGGUUCCACGUGCCCGAGGAGGAGAGCCACGUCUAA